AUGGUGCGCGAGGAAGAGGAGCGUUUACUGCCGCGUGAGCCUGCGCCGCCUGCUGCGCCGCAGGAGCCGACGCCAGAAGAGCGCGAGGCCAACCGGGAGCAGGAGGAGGACGAGGCGCCGUAUGCGCCGCUGAACCCCCGCGAGCGCCGCUCGCUCGUGUUCCUGCAGAUGAACACGCCGCUGUCGGUGCUGUUGUGCAUUGUCGCGGGCAUCUUUGGUGUGAUGAUUGUGCCGUCGAUCGAUGAUGUCUUUAAUAGCCACUCGACGCUCCUGACCCCGUCGCCGAAGCUGUUCUUUGGCUACCUCUUUGUUUUGCUCCUGUUCCAGGUCGGGUUCUGCAUGCUCGCCGUCAUCUCGCAGAACGCACACACGCAGCGCUGCGUCGUCCAGUCCACCGGCUCGCGCCUCGCGGUCGAGAACUACUUGCUGGGCCUCUGGUUCAUCUUUUUCGUGCUCGACACGCCCACCACGCGUGCGGUCGGCUGCUACGUCCUCGCCGGCGCGGGGCUCCUGUCGCUCGUCAACUUCAUCGUGCUGCGCGCCAAGUACAAGCCGCGGUGGGUGCACCCAUUCGAGCUGUUGCUCGUGCAUGUGCCGAACAAACUCGUCACGGUGCUCGUCGUGUACAAUCUCUUUUGGCAGCAGCUCUUUUUGGACGCCGACUGGGUCCGCGACCCGUACAAUGGCGUGCACAGACUCGCGGAUGCGCUGUGGUACACGAUCGGCGUGAACGUGGUGUUUGGCAUCCUCCUGGCCGUGUGGAUCGGCAUGAACUCGGACGUGACGGUGUACUGCGCAUCGAUGUACCUCGAUGCGGCCGUGCUCAGCCUGCGCUCCGUGCCGGUGAUCGGGCCCCGCUCGCGCCCGUUCUCUCUCGUGCUGAUCACGUUCAUCUCGAUGGGCGUGCGCACGCUCGCGCUGGUCGUGCCGGGCCUGCUCAAGAACGGGUGCCUGGUCAUUUGCCAUGCUCACCCGGGCGGCCGCGACGCGCACGCGGUCGAGGUGCAGGCGCCGCCGUCGCGCGCCGAGGCGGACCUCCAGGCGGCGUACCACGACGAGCCGCAGCUGGAGGGCGUCACGGUGCACCGCCCCGACCCUACCUAUGGCUCGCUCGACCAGCGCCAGUCCACGCCGUCUCAGUAG